AUGUUUGACAUGCAGAUAGGCAGGGAUCCCCGGAUCAGCGGCCCCAUCCUAGCGGCUGCACUUGCAGCAGGUCUGACGAGCAAGGGAGUGCAUGUGGCGCGCUUUGGCUACGCCACAACUCCCGCCAUGUUCAUGAGCACCAUCUCAAAAGGCUACGAGUAUGACGGGGCAGUGAUGAUAACGGCGUCGCAUCUGCCAUACAACCGCAACGGCUUCAAGUUCUUCACGCGCGACGGCGGCUUCGAGAAGGGCGACGUGUCGCAGCUGCUGCAGCUGGCGGUUGCCGAGCACGCGGCCGAGGACGCGCCGCACACGCGCCCGGGCGACAGAUACACCGACGACGCCUUCGUGCUGGCCUCCGCGCUGCACACCGACCCCGGCCUCAUAGACUACGUGGAUUUCAUGCCGGUGUAUGCGGCGCACCUGCGGGAGAUCAUAAAGAAGGGGAUCGACCACCCAGACAACUACGAGCGCCCGCUGGAGGGGUUCAAGAUCAUUGUCGACGCCGGCAACGGCAGCGGCGGAUUCCUGGCCUCCGACGUGCUCGCGCCCCUGGGGGCCGACACCACAGGCGCGCACCUUUCUAGCAGCCAGUACCUGGACCCGGACGGCUGGUUCCCCAACCACGUGCCCAAUCCCGAGGACAAGGCGGCAAUGGCGGCCGGCGUGCGCGCAGUCAACGCAUCGCGCGCCGACCUCGGCAUCGUCGUGGACACGGACGUGGACCGCUCGGCCGUUGUGGCCGGAAAUGGGACGCCCAUCAACUCCAACCGAUACAUCGCCCUCAUGGCCUACAUUGCGCUCAGGAAGUACCCCGGGACGACGAUAGUGACGGACUCGGUGACGAGCAAUGGGCUGACGGAGUUCAUAACGGGCCUGGGCGGCAAGCACUUCCGCUACCGGCGCGGCUACAAAAAUGUGAUCGGCCAGGGGGUCAAGCUCAACCAGCAGGGCGUGCGCACGGAGCUAAUGAUGGAGACCAGCGGGCAUGGGGCAAUGAAGGAGAACUACUAUCUGGACGAUGGCACGUACAGCGCGAGCCAGAUUGUGAUCAUCAUGGUGAAGCGCUACCUGGAGGGCCUGGGCAAGGACAUCUAUGUCAGCCUGCUCGCCGACCUCAAGGAGCCCGUCGAGUCCAACGAGUUCAGGCUCAAGCUCAAGGGGGAUGACUUCCAGAAGGAUGGCCAGGCCAUCCUGGCUGGGUUCCAUGAUUGGAUCGAGGAUGGCGCGGGCGGAGCACAGGUGUGA